CAUUAUUUCGAUAAUUCGCUAUUUACCAAAGUUUGUGUCACGAGAAAGAACUCGAAGCUAACCGGCCCAUACAUAAAAAUCCCACCAAAACCCUUUGUUAAACUCCUAUUUUUCAUCAGUAGCGAAGCAGAGAAGGGCUCCGAGUCGGCUCUAAUAAUCCCAAAAGACUCAAGCAGCAAAACAUGUCAGUGACGCUUCAUACAAACCUAGGCGACAUCAAGUGCGAAAUCUUCUGUGACGAAGUCCCUAGAACUGCUGAGCUCUUCUUCGGUUCUUCCUCUUUCAGUCGCAACAGCCAGGGUUCAGCCAUUCAGAACUUCUUGGCAUUAUGCGCAAGUGGUUAUUAUGAUGGGACAAUAUUUCACAGAAAUAUAAAGGGUUUCAUGAUCCAAGGUGGUGACCCAACAGGUACAGGAAAAGGUGGGACAAGUAUUUGGGGAAAAAAAUUCAAUGACGAGAUACGGGAGUCUCUCAAGCACAAUGCAAGAGGGAUAUUGUCAAUGGCCAACAGUGGCCCUAACACCAACGGGAGCCAGUUUUUCAUGACAUAUGCCAAGCAGCCACAUCUUAAUGGAUUGUACACCAUCUUCGGGAAAGUGAUACAUGGAUUUGAGGUUCUUGAUAUCAUGGAAAAGACUCCAACAGGACCAGGUGAUAAGCCCCUUGCCGAAAUCAGGCUCAACCGGGUGACCAUACAUGCUAAUCCACUUGCUGGCUGAUGUUAUUUUGAAACCAUGCUAUGGCAGCAUGUGUAAUCUCAUUGUUGGACUUGUCGAUCAUGGUGAUUACUUAGUAUCAUUGCUAUGGUCAACCUUCAUCACCGACAAAUUUACUGGUAGAUAGGGAGUAGUUGAUACGGGAUGGUAAUACUAGUGAAGCUUCCAUUGGUCGAACUAGAUUAGCUGCAGAAGUUUUAUUUUCUUGAAAACACAAUCUUGAUAUCUCCAAAUAGCAAUAUCUAACUGAAGCCUUGAAAUGGUUCCACUAGAUUUACAUGUUUACUGUUUACAUUACAAAGGCCUCAUGCAUCUCAAGUAAGUAAUCAUGUACCUUGGUAUGAAAUAUAAGAACGACCAGUGCAAAUCUAGUUGGAUGCUAAUGUUGAAGUGAACUAUGGAAAGAUUUAAGAUUUAUGGAAUGUAAAUCAGGAAUAGUUAACAUGGGUUAUACUUUUGAAUAUUUUGUACUUUCUGUUAUCUAAUGCAAUUUGAUUGGUACUUUUUCUUGUGUA